AUGUGGUCGCGUUCGCUCAUUUCUUCCGGCUUCCGCCAGGCUGCCCGGCCAGUCACCCGCCAGACCAUCGCCAGACCCGCGCCCUUCCUCACGACUUUCCAGAACAGAUGGCUUUCGGCCCAGACAAAGGAGGCUAUCGAAAAGGCCGUUGGCUCCGCGCCCGUAGUUCUCUUCAUGAAGGGUACACCUGAGCUGCCUCAGUGCGGCUUCUCCAGAGCAAGCAUUCAGAUCCUUGGUCUGCAGGGUGUAGACCCGGAAAAGUUUGCCGCAUUCAACGUGCUGGAGGACGCCGAGCUGCGAUCAGGAAUCAAGGAAUUCUCCGACUGGCCCACAAUCCCUCAGCUUUACAUUGACAAGGAGUUUGUCGGCGGCUGCGAUAUCCUCGUUUCGAUGCACCAAGAUGGCUCCUUGGCCAAGAUGUUGGAGGAGAAGAAUGUCCUCGCUGCCGCUGAAGGCGCCGAGGGCGAGUCCAAGGAAUAG